AACGACCAAGUGUGGAUCAACUGGUUUCCUGACGAGAGGGACUUGAACGCCAUCGUUAACACCAAAAAGAAACGUUUGCCACCUAUCUGUGUAGAACUCAUAACAUAUCUGGACACAUUUGUCGGAAAAAAAACUUAUCAUGAGCUGAUGAAUCAUGCGUGCAGCAAGUUUUUCGAUCUAGAAAACGAAGCCGAAUCUGAGAUGGAUUGGGCCCAGUCGAGCAUUGAAACGGCGCUGCGACUGUACCCUGCUCAAUUUUUCCCGCUUACCGACCAGACCGAGUCCGACAUCCUCAAGAGAGUCUGGAUAUUCAUCGACAAAGCCUUUGACAAUAUCCCGAUCGACAUACGAAGUGGCGAAAUGGCUUCAAAUGCGUCGAGCUUGCGUCGAAACUUAGGUCGUGCCAUCAACAACAGAAAAGCGCAAGGACACAAAACUGACCUUUUGAUGAAGAGCGAGCAUUACGAGUAUGGCUGCUGUGUAGCUGGCAAAGCAGACCACGGUGACGAAGGAACAAAGGAGAAGUACGAAGCCGGUUUGAUUGCACCAAAAAUGAUGGAAGACAUGACGUGGUCAUUGGCUUCAAACUUCGCAGACAUAAAUAAACUGGUGAUCGCUGGUCUCAUCAUAUCAGGAUUGAAAAUAUUUGCACUGCUUUUGGACCGACCGUCGACGUAUGUCUGUCGUUUAACAAAGACUGAACCGAUGUUCUUCCCAGCAUCCGUCAAUGAUUUUGCAGUCCAAAUGGGUUCAUUGAUCCACUUUGUAUGGCAGAUAAAACAAGUCAUGUUGGCGACAGUUAAUGCACAAAAACCCAAAACAAUCCAAGGAGCAAGUACGGUGAACAGCCUGCUUGGUGUGCGACCACUGCCAGCAUGCGCUACAAGUCCGAAACUGAGACCAACGAAACGACAACGCGCGAACUCCACAGCUGCUUCCUCCUUCUCCUCAUCUUAA